UGUCGUCACCGCAUCCCUCCUCCUCCUCCUUCUUUGUGCUGUUCAACUAUUCGACCCUGGUGAGAUAAGUCGUCUACGGACGCGCCGCACGCAGUAUGGCGGCAGCAAACCGCCAGGGCAAGAUGCAAAAUCUUAUCAAUUACCGCAUGAAGGUCACACUCCAGGAUGGAAGGCAAAUGGUGGGCCAGAUGCUCGCAUUCGACAAGCAUAUGAAUCUCGUACUAGCCGACACCGAAGAGUUUCGCAGGACGCGCCGGAGACAAGGGAAAGCCGCACCGGGCGCGGCACAACAGUUUACUGAGACCGAGGAGCGCCGUGCGAUCGGCCUGACCAUCAUUCGCGGUGCCAAUGUCGUUUCCGUUUCCGUUGAUGGCCCACCCCCAGCAGAUCCUGCAGCGCGCUUGGGAGGCGCUCCAGGAGGAACAACGACCGCUGCUGCGCUUGCGACUGGACCCGGUGUUGCCCGACCUGCUGGCCGUGGUCAAAUUCCUGUCGGUCUUGCCGGACCCCCAACUGGCGUCGGAGCACCUGGCCCAGGGUUUGGAGGUGCAUUCCCACCUCCGGGAGGUUUUGGCGCCCCGCCACCGGGCUUUCCCGGACCCCCGGGUGGAUUUCCAGGACGAGGAGGACCACCUGUUGGCUUUCCGGGAGCCCCGCCUACUGGCUUCCAACCACCGCCAUUCGGAGGUCCUCCGGGGGCCGGUCGCGGGUUCCCUCCCGGUCCGCCGCCGGGCUUUGGUGGUGGCCGGUAGGUUGAAGGGCCAG